AUGUCAGUGAGUUGCAGUCGAGGGUGGUUCCACAGAGACAUCACUGGUCUGGAGGCUGAGGAGAUCCUCAAAACUCGGGGCAUCCACGGCACCUUCUUGGCUCGACCCAGCAAGAAAAGCGCUGGAGAUUUCUCCUUGUCUGUCCGCGUGGCUGAAUCUGUGACCCACAUCCGCAUCCAGAACACAGGAGACUUCUAUGACCUGUACGGCGGGGAGAAGUUCGCCACCUUGUCGGAGCUGGUGGAGUACUACACAGCGGAGAACGGCAUCCUUCAGGACAAAGACGGGACGACCAUCGAGCUCAAAUACCCCCUCAACUGCUCCGACCCCACCACAGAGAGGUGGUACCAUGGUCACCUGCCCGGCCCAAAAGCAGAGAAGCUUCUCAACGAAAGAAACGAGUCGGGAACCUUCUUGGUCAGAGAGUCGCUGUCCAAACCCGGGGACUUUGUCCUCUCCGUUCUGACGGAUGAAAUUAGCAAAACAGGAGGGAAAAGAGUGUCCCACAUCAAGAUUAUGUGCCAGAACGACAGGUAUACGGUGGGAGGCUCGGACAUGUUCGACACGCUAGCAGACCUGGUGGAGUAUUACAAGCGCGAAGGCAUCCAGGAAAUCUCUGGGAACUGGGUUUAUCUCAAACAGCCAUACUACUCCACCAGAGUGAACGCAGCCGACAUCGACAGCAGAGUGAAGCAGCUGGACCUGACAGACAAGCAGCCGGAGGGCGACGGCGAGAAGAGCAAGGCCGGCUUCUGGGAGGAGUUUGACAAUCUUCAGAAGCUGGAGGCGAAGGUGAAAAAGAGCAGAGAGGAAGGUCAAAGACCAGAAAACAAGAGCAAAAACAGAUACAAGAACAUCCUGCCCUUCAACGACACCAGGGUCAUCCUGAAAAACGCCGAUCCGAACGUCGUCGGCUCCGAUUACAUUAACGCCAACUACGUGAAAAACAAACUGUGGGAGUCCGGAGGACAGAAAGUUUACAUCGCCACUCAGGGAUGCCUCGUGACGACGGUCAACGAUUUCUGGCAGAUGGUGUGGCAGGAGAAUACGGCUGUGAUCGUCAUGACAACAAGGGAGGUGGAGAAAGGACGGAAUAAAUGUGUGCCGUAUUGGUCAGAAGUUCACGGCUCCAAGGAGGUGGGAGCGUACGUGGUGAGCUGCGUGUCGGAGCGGGAAGCUGCUGAUUACAAAGUCCGGGUUUUGGAGAUCGCUCCUGUGAACAAGCCCAAUCUUUCCCGUACAGUAUGGCACUACCAGUACCUGAGCUGGCCCGACCACGGGGUCCCUCAGGAGCCAGGUGGAGUCAUCAGCUUCGUCACUCAAGUCAACACAAAGCAGGCUGAAUUUCCUGACGCCGGUCCAAUGAUCAUCCACUGCAGUGCUGGAAUUGGUCGGACGGGUACGAUCGUGGUUAUUGACAUGAUUCUUGAGGCUAUUGACACGCUAGGUCUGGACUGUGAUAUUGACAUCCCAAAGUACAUCCAGAUGGUUCGAGAGCAGCGCUCAGGCAUGGUGCAGACUGAGGCUCAGUAUAAAUUCAUCUACCUGGCUGUAUCCGAGUAUAUACAGACCACCAAAGCCAAAGAGAGUGCCUCCAAGGAAACGGACACGGAGUAUGGAAAUCUGCAGCUCAAGCACCAACCAGCCAGCAGGAAGGUGUCGAAAAACAAGGAAGACGUUUACGAGAAUGUGUCAAAAGGAAAGAAAGACGUGAAAAAAACAAAGACUGAGAAGAAACCUGGCUCAGUGAGGAAAAGAUAGAAGACUCCGAGAUGUUUUUUAUGUCGUAUUUAUGAAGGGAGUUAUUUUUUUAAAGGGGUCGUU